AUGAUUUCCCUAGAAACUCUUCAAGCCACCUCUAGAUCUAUUAAUCCGAUUUCUAGUCCCCGGAUCUCAUUCUCCUCUAAUUCGCUUGAUGAUGAUGAUUUCAUCUCUAUAAAUCCAAACUCUAUGGCAGUGAAAGAAAAAACACGUAACGUGGAAUUCGAGUUCCUCUCAAGUGAGAACCAAACCAUGCUAUCUGCAGAUGAGCUUUUUUCUGAAGUUUGGCAAAUGCAGCAGCCUGAAAAACUCAAAACUAUGAGUCUCAACGCAGAGCAGCAAGCAGAGGCAGGGAGAGCCGAAGAUAGGAGCAAAGCGGAGACUAAAGUAGGUUGGUUACUCGAUGAUGACCCUUCUCCUAGACCACCUAAAUGCAAUGUUCUGUGGAAAGAGUUGGUGAGGCUGAGAAAACAGAGGUCCUCUACUCUGUCACCGUCUUCAUCUUCGUCCUCGUCCUCUUUAAAGUCUCUUGAUUUGAGGUCAAUUGAGGAGAGGAAACAAGGGUCAGGGAGCAAAGACAAGCAUGUUAAAAGGAUGAAGAAGGGGUUGGAAAGGAGUAGAUCAACAAGUAUGAGAAUAAGACCUAUGGUAAAUGUGCCCGUCUGCACACAUGGACGGCGCAAUGCAGUUCCUCCAUUGUUGUCCUUUCGAAAGGAAAAACCAGAGAAGUAA